AAACUGGUGUCAUUUGAUGAUGUGGCUGUGGACUUCAGCUGGGAGGAGUGGCAGGACUUGGAUUUUUCUCAGAGGACCCUGUACAGAGAUGUAAUGCUGGAGACCUACAACAACCUGGUGUCUUUGUGGCCCUGUGUUCCUAAACCUAACUUGAUUGUCAAGCUGGAAGAAGGUGCAGAACCAUGGAUAGGAGAAGCCUCAGACAAGAAUUUCACAAAUGUUCAAGAAAUGGAAGAUAUGAUUAAGACCUUCCAGGAAAGUCCAAAUGAGUAUCUUUGUAAAGUAUCUGUCACAAAUAAUAACUCAAUAGAAGAAAGUAUGAGAACUUUCAAUUUGAGUUUAAAACAUAAGCCAGAGCUGAUUAGUAGUAGUAGUAAUGGGAACUCCUUAGGGAUGAGGACUGAAGAGAUCAUUGAGUGUCAGAACAUGCUUCUCUGUAGUGAAUCUGAUGAGAUGCAGGCUACAUAUAGGCCUGGUCUGUUUCCUGUAGUUGAAAAAUCCCUGAGAUAUUUGGAGUAUUCUAGUCAAACUGAUGAGCAGCAAUUUUUUGAAUAUGGUAGAGAAAGAAAGGUAUUUAAAUCAGAGACCAUAUUUUUUAGACAUAAUUGUAUUUAUAUGGGACAGCUUUCCUGUAACCAUAAUGAAUAUAGAGAAGACUAUGAUAAGUCUAUUCUCCUUGCCCAAGAAAUACUUCAUGGACAGAGGAAAACACCUGAAUGCAAUGGAUGUGGAAAAAGUUUCGAUUUAAGUAGUAUAGUCACUACACAUCAGAAAAUGUACACAGGAGAAUAUCCUUAUACAUGUAAUGAAUGUGAAAAACCUUUUAGUAAGGAAAUUCACCUUACAAAACCCCAGAGCAAAUAUGCAGAGAAGUCCAAUGAGUAUAUCCAAUGUGAAAAAUCUAUCUGUCAGAAGUCAAACCUGACUUUCUCACCUCAAACACCCACAGAAAAGAAACCUUAUCAAUAUGAGGGAUAUAGGUCAAUUUACACCCAGAAGUCAGCUCUCAACCAGUAUCAGAGAAGUCAUACAGAAGAGAGAACUUACGAAUGUGACAAAUGUGGAAUGUCUUUCAGACUGAAGUCAUACCUCACUUUACAUGAGAGAAUACACACAGCAGAGAAAACUUAUGAAUGUAUCGAGUGUGGAAAGUCUUAUACCCAGAAGUCGCAACUUACUGUCCAUCAGAGAUCACACACAGGAGAGAAACCUUAUGCAUGUAAUGUGUGUGGAAAGUCUUUCACCCAGAAGAUACACCUUACUAAUCAUCAGCGAAGACACACAGGAGAGAAACCUUAUGAAUGUAAUGUGUGUGGAAAGUCUUUCACCCAGAAGAUACACCUUACUAAUCAUCAGCGAAGACACACAGGAGAGAAACCUUAUGAAUGUAAUGUAUGUAAAAAGUCUUUCAUCCAGAAGAUAAACCUUACAAAUCUUCAGCAAAGACACACAGGAGAGAAACCUUAUGAAUGUAAUGUAUGUAAAAAGUCUUUCACUAGGAAGGGAGAGCUUAAUGUCCAUCAGAGAGUACACAAAGGAGAGAAACUUUAUGAAUGUAUUGAGUGUAGAAAGUCUUUCAUCAGGAAGUCAUACUUUAACAUCCAUCAGAGAAUACACACAGGAGAGAAACCUUAUGAAUGUAAUGUGUGUGGAAAGUCUUAUACCCAGAAGUCGCAACUUACUGUCCAUCAGAGAUUACACACAGGAGAGAAACCUUAUGAAUGUAAUGUGUGUGGAAAGUCUUUCACCCAGAAGAUACACCUUACUAAUCAUCAGCGAAGACACACAGGAGAAAAACCUUAUGAAUGUAAUGUGUGUGGAAAGUCUUUCACCCAGAAGAUACACCUUACUAAUCAUCAGCGAAGACACACAGGAGAGAAACCUUAUGAAUGUAAUGUAUGUAAAAAGUCUUUCACUAGGAAGGGAGAGCUUAUCCAUCAGAGAGUACACACAGGAGAGAAACUUUAUGAAUGUAUUGAGUGUAGAAAGUCUUUCAUCAGGAAGUCAUACUUUAACAUCCAUCAGAGAAUACACACAGCAGAGAAACCUUAUGAAUUUAUCGAGCGUGGAAAGUCUUAUACCCAGAAGUCGCAACUUACUGUCCAUCAGAGAUUACACACAGGAGAGAAACCUUAUGAAUGUAAUGUGUGUGGAAAGUCUUUCACCCAGAAGAUACACCUUACUAAUCAUCAGCGAAGACACACAGGAGAGAAACCUUAUGAAUGUAAUGUGUGUGGAAAGUCUUUCACCCAGAAGAUACACCUUACUAAUCAUCAGCGAAGACACACAGGAGAGAAACCUUAUGAAUGUAAUGUAUGUAAAAAGUCUUUCAUCCAGAAGAUAAACCUUACGAAUCAUCAGCAAAGACACACAGGAGAGAAACCUUAUGAAUGUAAUGUAUGUAAAAAGUCUUUCACUAGGAAGGGAGAGCUUAAUGUCCAUCAGAGAGUACACACAGGAGAGAAACUUUAUGAAUGUAUUGAGUGUAGAAAGUCUUUCAUCAGGAAGUCAUACUUUAACAUCCAUCAGAGAAUAAACACAGGAGAGAAACCUUAUGAAUGUAAUGUGUGUGGAAAGUCUUAUACCCAGAAGUCGCAACUUACUGUCCAUCAGAGAUUACACACAGGAGAGAAACCUUAUGAAUGUAAUGUGUGUGGAAAGUCUUUCACCCAGAAGAUACACCUUAAUGUCCAUCAGAGAGUACACACAGGAGAGAAACUUUAUGAAUGCAUUGAGUGUAGAAAGUCUUUCAUCAGGAAGUCAGACCUUAACAUCCAUCAGAGAAUACACACAGGAGAGAGGCCUUAUGAAUGUAACAGGUGCAGAAAGUCCUUUACCAAGAAUUCACACCUCAUCAAGCAUAAGAGAAUUCACACUGAUGAGAAAUCGGGAAU